GUGAGGAGAAUCUCCUUACCUAUAACACUGAAGCUGAACUGAAUUUUUACAGUAAUUGCCUUAAUUGUCAAAGAACUAAAACAUCAGUGGAGUUCUGAUAUGUGAACUAUUUUCUCCUUGAUUGCAAUGGACAGCAUUAACUAUUUAUUCUCUUUGGUAGACUGACUGUCCAUCACAAUCCAUGCCAUCAGCAGUGAGUCUCUCAGCCUCAGCAAGUUCAGGUGCUGACCUUAAGGAAAGGGCAAAAAUGCACUCAAGUGAAGUUAGUUCUUUUGUCUCCAGAGCAAGAGCAACUAUUAAUGAAUUGGCUAAUCUGCCUGUGCCUACUAUUGCUGCAAUAGAUGGAACUGCCUUAGGUGGUGGCCUAGAACUUGCGUUAGCCUGUGAUAUACGGGUGGCAGCAUCUUCUGCUAAAAUGGGCUUAGUUGAAACAAAGCUGGCGAUCAUUCCAGGUGCAGGAGGGACACAAAGAUUACCUCGCACAAUUGGAGUGUCAUUGGCAAAAGAACUAAUCUUCUCUGCACGCAUUGUAGAUGGUGUGGAAGCAAAAUCAAUAGGAUUGAUUAGCCAUGUGGUAGAACAGAAUGAAGCAGGGGAUGCUGCAUACAGAAGAGCAUUAGCUCUGGCGAGAGAAUUCUUACCUCAGGGACCAGUAGCAAUGAGAGUUGCAAAACUGGCUAUCAAUCAGGGAAUGGAGGUCGACUUAGUAACAGGUUUAGCAAUUGAAGAAGCUUGUUAUGCUCAGACUAUCCCAACAAAAGAUAGAAUUGAAGGCCUUCUUGCAUUUAAGGAGAAGAGACCUCCUCGCUACAAGGGAGAAUAAAAGAAUCUGAUGCCUUUAAAAUACAGGGGGAUAAAAGUACUUCUAUGAGGACCAUUAAGGUGCACUUUGCAUCCGCACCUGGAAUAUCACAAUCACCAAAGUAACAGCAAAUCAUACAGAUACUACAACAUUUUGAAUGUGUCCAUACUUAUACGAAGCCAAGAUAGAAAUGGGUGUCAGCUCAUGCUCAUUACAGUUUCUGAUGGUUGAUCUGUGUAAUGCCAAAGUCACAGGUUCAUGCAGCAUUUUUAAGAUUUCACAUGUAUGAAACAUACCAUUCCACGAUUGAAAAAGCUCUGUAAUUCUUUACAUAGACAAAAUGUAUCUGUGAUGUUAAGCAUAAAUCUGCUAUAUAAUUUUAUCAAAACAAAAGCAACUACUGAACACCAAAAAUAAGAAAUUGUACCAAAUAUGCAUUUAAAUGAUUCUGUAUAUCAGUAAAAAUUAUAUUUGAGUAUUCUAUCAGAAUAUCUAUAUUAUUAAUAAAGCUAGGGGAAAUGAAAAGGAUUAUAAUUUAGAAAAUGCUGAGCUUUGUUUAUGUUACUUACUCUAUCCUAAGCAAAAUGAAAUUCACUUUAGCACUUAAUGGUGUCCUUUUGAUAAAGUUGCUGCCAUUAUAUUAAUUUAAUUGUAUUGAAUGAAGACAUAUUCAAGGCCAGCCUUUAAUUAUACAUUAUUGUAUGUUAAACCUGUCUUUGUCUUGCAUUUUUCCAACAUAUCAUCUGAUCAGCACUGUAAUGGAACUUUAUUUCAUUUGCCCCAGUUAUUUUAAAUUUUGAUGAUUGUAUUGAAGAUGGUUGUGUGGGGAUAUGACCAAUGUGCUGUAAUAGAACCUAGAAUUAUCUUAAUCUCCAGAAUAUUCCUUUUGCAAGUUGUAUGAAUGUAUAUUUAUAUACAACAGGGAAAAUGUUGAAAGGUUCUUUAUUUUGUGUUGGCCUCAGAGCUCUUUUCAUGCAUUGCAAGAGAAAUGCAGUAAGUUUCAAGGUAAGAAAACUUGUGAUUCAUACUGUGUAUUUGCAGUGGAUGCAACAUAUACAGCAAAUGUCUGGAAAUAACCUCGUAGAAAGUAUUUUUGUUAAUUUGACUGUAAAAUAAACAUGGCUUAGCAGUCCAA